AUGAGCUCUUUCGAAGGAAAAGUCAUUGCCCUCACCGGAGCCGCCUCUGGAAUUGCCCUCGCCACAGCCAAGUUGCUGGCCAGCAGGGGUGCCAGUCUGUCGCUAGCCGACAUUAAUGCCAAACAACUAGAGGCCGCCGCUAAGUCCAUCGAGGCGCUGGGGACCAAGGUCAUCUACACUGUGGUCGAUGUCACGGACCGUUCGCAGGUGCGGACCUUUGUGGACAGGACGGUGCAGGAAUUUGGCAAGCUCGACGGUGCCGCCAAUCUGGCCGGGGUCAUAGGUCGACAUGCCGUGACCCUGGAGCUUCGCGACGAGACCGACGACGAGUGGGACUUGAUCUUCAACAUCAACGCCAAAGGCGUCUUCAACUGCAUGCGCGAGGAGCUCCGGGUCAUGAAGUCGGGUGCGUCGAUCGUCAACGCCGCCAGCGUGCUCGCCCUGCUUGGCCAGGUCAAGAGCAGCAUUUACACCGCGAGCAAGCAUGCCGUGGCGGGCCUGACUCGAGCCGCCGCCAAGGAAGAAGGCAAGAACAACAUCCGAAUCAACGGAGUGGCCCCGGGCUUCAUCGACACGCCCAUGGUGACAGCCGUCGAAGAAGCACAAAAGGUCCAAAAGGCAGACAUGAGUGCCCAAGCGUUCCAGAGAAAGGGCAAACCAGAAGAGAUCGCAGGCAUCAUCGCGUUUCUCUUGAGCGACGAGAGCACUUUUGUCACGGGAGCAAUCUGGAGUGCUGAUGGGGGUUGGCAUUGUUAA